AUGCCUUUUCAGCGUAACGGCAGGUUCAUGGGCUUACAUUUAGGGGGACCCCUAAAUCAAUUAAAGGCUAAGUAAAAUAAUACAGUCAAAAUGGAAAAUGGAAAGGAUCAGAAAAUGCCAUGUGACAUGAAAACUGAUCUGAAUUUACUACUUGAAUGUCUAAAAUAUCAAAUGGAUCAUCCUACUACUCAGAAAGAGGCAUUGGUUACUAUUUAUUCAGCCUGUCAACAAAACAGUGAUGCAAGUGAUUAUUUUCGAGAAAUAGGUGGCUUGAUGUUUGUAUAUAGCCUUGCAAAGUCAAGUGUGCACAGCAUGGUAAAGGAAGCUGCCUUAUUUACAUUAGGAGGUCUAGCUGAGAAUAAUGUAUUCUGCCAACAAACGUUAUGCACUUCUGGAUCAUUUGAAGACAUUCACAGACACCUAACUAAUAAUGAUUCCAGUGUGAAUUUGAAAAGAAUGUCUGUUUAUUUCUUAAUAGCACUGGUUUCAAAUAACAAGCGUGGGCAGAUGUGUGCGAAAGAGUCUGGUUGCCUUAAUGCUCUGCUUCAAUUAUUCAGAACAAGUCUUUCAGUAUGUGAUGUGAACCUUUUGGAUCAAAAAAUUAACGAAUAUCAUCUGUGGUCUUCAAUUUGCAGUGCUCUCUGUGCAAGUGUAAAUAAUCCCCAGAAUGAAGAGAAUCAGAAAUUUAGCAGUUUGGUUUUUCCUCAUGCAAAAGACUGGCUGCAAAGUACUAUAAAGCCUGAGAUAGUUCGUCCAGUAUGUUCAUUCAUUGGGCUCACAGUUGCAAAUAAUUCAAGAAUGCAGCAAUUUUUUGUUUCUGUUGGUGGAUUAGCUGUUUUGGAUGAGCUUCUUGUGAAAUUGAGACACAAUUCAGUUGCAAGCACAAAACUUGCCGUAGUGGUGACAAAAACGAUUGAUGCCUGUAUUGCCGAUAACCCUGCAGUUGGAAUUAACCUGCCAAGGUAUAAUAUUGUGCCAAAUCUCCUAACACUGCUUUCUUACAAACAUCUGGAUCCGGGAGAAAAAAAUAGUAUUAUACUUACCCUUGGACAUUGUACAGAUGGCUGCGAGGAAAAUCAAUUUGCUCUGGUCAAGAACAAUGGCCUUCCACUUAUGAUUCAGGCACUAACUGAAUCGCAGGAUGAAGAACUAAAUAAGGCUGCCACCUUUGUGCUGCAAAAUUGCAAACAAAUCACUGAGAAGUUGUCACCAAAGUUAGGAAAACAUUCAUUAAAACUGGAUGAUGCAGAACAACUGAAGGUUGAUUGGCAGAACAGAGAGAUGAUCCUUGAAGACUACUGGGACAAAGCCAAAGAAAUUUUAUAUAGAAUUGAAGGACUUGAAAAUGACCAACAACAGAAAAAAGUGAGAAGACAAAUAUUAAUUGAUGAUAUUCCCAAAGACGUGAUCCUGCAGACUACCCCUAUGUAUCUUAAAGAAAAUGGUAGCAAGCCAAAUUCAAGUGAAAUAACAUAUACAGAAGUGAACCAACAAUUGCUAGAUUCUAUGUCUGCUAAACCGAUUGCUACUAAAUUUGUAAAAGACUAUUCAAAGAAUGAAUUACUAAAGUCUGCCAAUAGGAAUCCAACUGAAGCCUCAGUCAGUCGAAAUGAACUUAAUCUUCAUGCAGCGGAUAAAAUGAGGACACCCAACAUAACCCAUCAACAUAAACAUAUUACAGAUAAAAACACUGUUUGUGAAUCUAGCAAGUCUGAAGUACAAGUAAGUGAAUUAUUGUGUAAACAGACAGAUAUUGCUGGUAAAAGAAGAACUCAACUGGUACAAAAUACAGAUCCAUUAUGUUCAAGAAUAACAAGCAGGAGGAUAAACGGUAACCUGACUGCUUCAAAAAUAGCAGAGUUGCAGUGCACAGGUUGCAUAACAGUAGGAAUUCCCUUAAACAGCCGAAAUUUUAGCAAGAUUUUGCGGUCUUGUCAAUAUCUAUGUGAACAACACAAAGUUACUCUAGAAACUGAACUGAAAUAUAAAAGGAAGAUAAAAAGAUCUAUUAUCUCUAGCAGGAAUACUUCUACAGACUAUAAUGCAGAUCUUCAAACAAAACAGGAUGCAUAUUCAAAGAAACAAAUAAUCCAACAGAAACACAGGCUUAAAGACCAGGAUCUGAAUGAAGAUCAUACUUUCUCAUUUAAAGAUGGGAAAACUGAUAUUCAUCUGCCAGUUAUACCUGCAUCAGCUUUUGAAAAAAGCAAACGGAGAACUAGGAAAAAUUUUACAUCAGAAGAAAUAAGAUUUCUUUUGGAUGGUGUAAAGAAAAUGGGCCAUCAUUGGAAUUUAAUUUUAUGGACUUACCCGUUUCAGAAGGGAAGGACAAAUGUUGACCUUGCUAAGAAAUACUGCCACUUACAGGUAAUAUUUCAAAUCAAUUUUGUUCUAGUAUUUUACACCUUUGGGAUAGGAUGAAAGGAAAGGAAAGAACCAUUGGGU